AAUAUGCCUAAGCAAGUAGAAGUGCGGAUGCAUGAAAGUCAUUUAAGUCCCGUGGAGCACAGAUCCAGGAACAUAUGUGUGCAGUUCUGCCAGUCGCUCCAUAGGAAUCUGCUCCUGACUCUAACUGUCUUCGGUGUCAUCCUGGGUGCAGUGUGUGGGGGUCUUCUUCGUCUAGCAACUCCUAUUGACCCUGACAUCAUCAUGUUAAUAGCCUUUCCAGGAGAUAUACUUAUGAGGAUGCUAAAAAUGCUGAUCCUCCCUUUAAUUAUCUCCAGUUUAAUCACAGGACUAUCUGGUUUAGAUGCUAAAGCAAGUGGCCGAUUGGGUACAAGAGCCAUGGUCUACUACAUGUCCACCACUAUUAUUGCUGCUGUGCUGGGUGUGAUUUUAGUUUUAGCCAUCCAUCCAGGGAAUCCAAAACUCAAGAAACAGCUUGGUCAAGGGAAGAAGAAUGAUGAAGUAUCUAGCCUGGAUGCUUUCUUGGAUCUCAUCCGAAACCUGUUCCCUGAAAAUCUAGUCCAAGCAUGCUUUCAGCAGAUCCAAACUGUCACCAAGAAAGUGCUGGUGCCACCACCCAUAGAAGAAACACCUAAUGUCACUGACACUGCUUUUGCUCUGAUGAAUGAGACAGUGCGUGAAGCGCCACCAGAAGCCCAGCUGGUCAUUAAGAAGGGACUUGAAUUUAAGGAUGGCAUGAAUGUUCUGGGUUUGAUAGGAUUCUUUAUUGCUUUUGGCAUUGCUAUGGGGAAAAUGGGAGAACAGGCCAAGAUGAUGGUGGAUUUCUUCAACAUCCUGAAUGAGAUUGUAAUGAAGCUGGUAACUAUGAUCAUGUGGUACUCACCUUUGGGCAUUGCUUGCCUCAUUUGUGGAAAAAUCAUUGCAAUCAAGGACUUAGAAGUAGUUGCUAGACAACUUGGCAUGUACAUGGUCACUGUGAUUGUGGGUCUUCUCAUCCAUGGAGGGAUCUUCCUGCCUCUGCUCUACUUUGUGAUAACAAGGAAAAGCCCAUUUUCCUUCCUUGCUGGGAUUUUCCAGGCAUGGAUCACAGCGCUAGGCACAGCUUCCAGUGCUGGAACAUUACCUGUCACAUUCCGGUGCCUUGAAGAAAAUCUAGGCAUUGAUAAGCGUGUAACAAGGUUUGUUCUUCCUGUUGGAGCAACUAUUAACAUGGAUGGAACUGCCCUUUAUGAAGCUGUGGCUGCAAUCUUCAUAGCACAGAUGAAUGGAAUUGAGCUGGAUGGAGGUCAGAUAGUUACUGUGAGUUUGACUGCCACCCUUGCAAGUGUUGGAGCUGCCAGUAUUCCCAGCGCUGGACUUGUGACUAUGCUGCUAAUCCUUACUGCAGUGGGUCUCCCUACCCAGGACAUCAGUUUGCUUGUUGCUGUUGACUGGCUUUUGGACCGGAUGAGAACGUCAGUCAAUGUAGUGGGGGAUUCUUUUGGUGCUGGCAUUGUCUACCACCUUUCCAAGGCAGAACUUGACACCAUUGAUUCCCACCAUAAAGGUCACGAAGACAUUGAAAUGACCAAGACUCAGUCAAUCUAUGACGACAUGAAAAAUCAUAGGGAAAACAACUCAAACCAAUGUGUUUUUGCAGCUCACAAUUCAGUCAUAGUAGAUGAGUGCAAGGUAACACUGGCAACCAAUGGCAAAUCUGCAGACUUCAGUAUUGUCGAAGAAGAGCCUUGGAAACGUGAAAACUAA